GAUACGCAGAGUGGGGCUUGUGCAAACUUCCACCCAAGGGGACGACCAGUCAGCCUGGGCGAGACCGCCGCGACGCUAACCGCGCAGUCAGUCGCACCGACCAUCGGACACCCCGUCGCACAGAAACAUGCCUCCCUUCGAGAAAUCACAGGAACUGAAACCCUUCAAGCAGAGAAAGUGCCUGGCAACCAGAAAGAAUGAAGUCUGCAGCAUUCGCUCAAAAUUCCCCAACAAAAUACCGGUUAUUGUGGAGCGAUACAUUCGAGAGAAACACCUUCCUCUGCUAGACAAGACCAAGUUCCUUGUCCCCUUUGAGCUCACCAUGGGACAGUUCCUCGCUCUGCUCAGGAGUAAGAUAGACCUGGACUCAACGCAGGCUUUGUACCUCCUGGUGUCGGAGCGGAGUAUGUCCUGUAUGGCGGCGAGCAUGGGGGAGGUGUACUCCCAGCACAGAGACCUCGACGGCUUUCUGUACCUCACCUACGCCUCCCAGGAUAUGUUUGGUGGGUUGUCAGGGGUGACGCCUUCCUGCUGACGACUGCUGGAAAUCGUCUAUGAGCGCUUUGUUCAAGAGCCACGGACUCCAGUCAAGAGGAAUACCAACUGACAAUUUUCUGUUCUCAUUCAUUUUCAAAAAUCCUUCCUCUUUGGUUGAUUGUGGUCAACCACGCCUGCCAUGGCAAUAGAGGUGACAUUACAAGCAGGUAAUUCCACAAAAAAUUAAACCCCUCCUAUUUAUUUAUUUAUUGAUGUUAUUUAUUGCAAAAGUCAUUUGUUGAAAGAAAAUAUAUACAAUUUAAGGGUGUCAUAUUUCAUUUUAUGGGCCUUGUCCAAGGAAAGCAAAAUGCAAAUUGAAAUGCUACUUCCCCUUUAAAUCCAAAGAUACGUCCAUGUGAUGCAGAAUCUUGUUUAAGAAAAUUGUCAAAAUAACAAAUGGAAUUACAUCUUGUAAACCAUAAGAAUGAGACAUAUGAGAAUGAUGUCACUUCCUCGUUGGAGUUUUCCUUUUACCUCUGUGAUAUCAUUUCCUUUGUUGAUGUUGUGGCUAAGGAAAGAUACAGGUCGUAAGUAGCCCUGAGGUGCUGUGGACUGCAGUUUGAAACUGCCCAUUACGAGCUGCCUAAACGGAGGGAGAGAGGAAGUUGGUUUAAAAUCAGGCGGUCUCCAGGCUGGACCAUGGUUGGACACACGAAAAGUGUUAACACAAACUCUUAUUUCCUCUUCUGUCCCAGUUGAUCUCUCUCCCUCUGUCUGUUUCUCUCUCCACUUCACUUAUUGAAAUCCAGGGCUGCCUGACAGUUAUUUUUACUUUGUGCACAUGCACUGUAACUGUAUGACCACCCGACCAAAUGAUUCUGAUGCCCAACUUCAAAUACUGAACGAAUUCAAAUAAACAGUUUGGUCCUUUUAA